AUCGAACAUCUUACUGAGAUAUUUCAUUGAGUGCAUCGCCCGUAUGAUCUUGACUUUUAGACGUUUCCUGAAUUUCUUUUUUAAUAAACAAGUCAAAGUAGAACUGGAUCAAAAUGUGGAUAUAUAAGGCCUAAGAAACGAGUACGACAGCAUCACAUUCUCAGGACUCAUCAACGUAAUCACACCAUUUAUCAUACAAAAUGCUUACGAAGUUCGUCGUCCUCAUCGCUCUGAUAGCCGCUGUCGGCGCUGAUUUCUCUGGUUUCUCGUACGGUGUAGCUGACCCUUACACUGGUGACUUCAAGCACCAAGUGGAAAGCCGCGCUGGAGACAAUGUACUUGGACAGUACUCUCUGCUGGAAUCUGAUGGAACUCGCCGCACCGUCGACUAUGCUGCUGGUACUGAAGGUUUUAACGCCGUAGUCAGGAAGGACCCCGCUCUGAUCGCUUCUCUGCCAAUUUCUACUGCCUAUGGAUACGCUGCACCCUUCGCCUACCAGAGAUUCGGCUACCCUUACUCUUACCCCUUUGCACGUUACUAUUAAUUCGGAGAAGAAGUUUUCCAAGAUGUAAAGACUAACUUUCCAUCACCACGUCUUUUUUCAGUCGGCCUUUAACUACCGUGUAAAUACUGUACAUAAUAAACAUUCCACUAAUUAAAAAA